CUGUGUGUUGUCGUUUUCAGGUCGCAGGGCGAUCGUAAGCUAAGUAUUCUUCAGCUAUUCGCCAGUUAGCUCGCGGCACGGGACGGGUUGUCGCGAUCCUACCGCUAUCUAUGUUGUUUUAAGUUUUUGUGUUUUUCCUUAGCUAUAACCAGUGGCCGGCAGUCAGGGGGGAAUGACUUACGAGGAAUAUGCGUUGUAUGGGAUGUAACGGUACAAGAUUACCCACUCUGUUGUCUGCUGUCCAUUCCUGUAUCUAGACAACGCAAUCCAGUGAGUUCCAGACUUCACAUGAGCUGGUAUUCUGUUCUACUAUCAGUCUACAGAGUAAUAUAGACUGUAUUGUGGAUAUUAAAGGGCUAUUGAUCUUUUUUGUUAUGACCUUUACGUGCGGCUGAGAACACUUCCAGCUAAGCACACUUAACAAUAGGUAUCCGUCCCAUCUACCCAGAGGCUUGUACAUAUAAUCAUCUGGCUAGAUUGCGGUACAUCAGAUUUAUAACAUAUAAUGGGAGUUGACUAAAUGGUUGAGAAAACUUUUGAUUCGCAAGCGUGCAUCGCUACACGCAAUAGGAAAGUCACUGGUGAAUGUAGACAGCGCUACUCGGGCACAACUGGAAAGCAUGGUUGUUCAAAUAAAGUGGGUGAAGCUGAUGAACAGGUUUUCACAAGGCUGAAAACCAUAUUCCGAGGACCCGUGAAAUGCCCUAGCAGGGAUCAGAGUGUAGACAGCUCUUUCACGGCCCCCUCAUUUGACCCAUUAUCCAAGGGAUUAUACAAUGGGGAAAGCUCAAUGCAAUGUUCUACUGAGAUUGGUAGUUUCGAUAUGAGUACUUGCGGCGGAGUUGGUGCCCUGGAUCCCAUUGGCACAUUGGGAUACGGGGAAAAGGUAAUGUGCCUAGAUACACUUGCGCAGGCACUGGCAGAUGAAUCAGAGUCGUACGCACAUAAAUCAGGAUCGAUAUUCAACGGCGAAACGCCACUGACGCACCUGGCGUCCGUAGAUACGAGCGCUACCCAAGAUAUGCUGACUCCACUAGGAGCUGGCUCGUUAGAAAUAGGGUGCGAUUUUGCCGAUCGUGUAGGUAAACUGUUAUCACGAUGCGUUGCGGGCGAAGAGGUGGCAUGGGAGGAGUUGGCCAGCCUAUGUGCUAACGAGUUCAACAUACAGGACACCUCGCUGUCCCCCGCUACCCUUACUGCGCUCCUGAGGUUCUGCAUGCUCAAGGGGCAGCUCUAUCUUGCCGGUCAACUGUUACAGGUAGCGUGGUAUCGCGGAGUACGUCUGUCAGUUGAUGAACAGUCCCAUGUAAUCCUGUCACUAUGCUCGGCGGAUGCAAUUGGGCUUGCGCGUAGCCUCAUCGCGAAGCUACCCUUGAAUAUACUAGAAAGUGAGGAAAUAAUGCAAAUGUUUGUAAACGGUAUAGUAAAUGCAGCUAAAGAAAACAACUACAAGAAUGUUUUGAAUUUUAUCUCGGUACUGGAUGAUACAGGCUCCAGCCUGGAUCACAAACGUGCUGCAAGGUUAAUUGAACUAUUCGUAAGUGCGAUUGAUGGAGACGACUCACCUUCACCCGAAUUGGUAGAUGCUAUACAGAGGCUGAGCUCCGUAGAGGCGUUCUCUAGGGUCUCACUGCUGUGUCGCUACGGUGUUUGUGCGUUGCUGUGUUGUGCCCAGAACAACAAUAAGGUAGAGGACAGCAUAAAGGUUAUACUUCACAGUUGCGUCUCCACCGUUGGGUUCCUGGAGCAUGCUAGUAAAAUGUCAUCAAAAGGGUUCGUUGCAGUGGUUAACCGCCUAGUUUCAUUACACCUGAUGAAUGGCGUUGACCUUUUGUCUGCGCUGUGUCUUGGUAAUCGUGUAUCAUCCUGUGAUUCCGCGAUGUUGGAGAUUUAUGAGCAUGCCCAGGGCCUGCUCUACAGAAUGCUGCCACCAUCUUUACACGUAGCCGGAUUCACGGGAGCGCCUUUACUCUCGGUUAACAGUAUCCGGUCUUUCGUGAAACUCAUGGGAACACGUCUGCCAACAUCGAUGCUGUGCAUAUGCGCAUGGGUAUCAGGAGUUGGCAAGGAGAUGUUUUCCCCUCUAGUAGAAGCAUGUCUUAUGGUCGAGGACUUCACCUCAGCUGAUGCUGUGCUCAAGUACAUGGUGGAGUACUACGGCCAUAUACCAGCACCGCUCAUGGUCAAGUUCCUGUGCUGCCACACGCUGAAUGGUAAUUUCCGCUUUGUGCUGGACAGACUUGCCAAGAAGGACAAGAUGGCUUCGUGUCUCCGAGAACGUCAAAAUCGCUCCCACGUCAUAAGCGUGGCGGAAUUUGGCAUGCGUGUUGCGAUAUCGCUUUUCGAGUUUAACGUAGCCAGUGAAUUCCACAAGUACUGCGAUACCGCUGUUAGGAUCAGCCAGGAGUUGUCCCAGAUAAUGCAAGAGCUCCCGCCACUACUUAACUCCAGGGGUAAAGUGGAUGAGUUUGUGACUUUCUGUGAACGAAUUAACUUGGAUGACGCCAGUUUUUCGGUGGCACUUGAUUGUUGCUUGAGGUUGAAGAACCCAAAGCGUUUGUUGCGACUGAUUACUAAGUUCCGCCAGAUGGGAUUGCAGCCGCAGUUGCAGACGUGCGGAGUCAUUAUAAAGUCGCUGGGCUGCUGUGGGCGAAUAGCUGAAUGUAAGGAAAUAUGGAAGGAAAUGGCGAAUAGCCAGGGAAAUGAACCAAACGAAGUUACAUAUGGCAUCAUGCUUGAUGCAUACGUGAACAAUAACCGUAUGGAAGAAGCCAUGGAUUUACUACAGGAAAUGAAGCAAAAGGGUAAUGUAAAACCCAAUACUAUCAUGUACACCACGCUCAUUAAAGGAUUUGGGCAAAACCGCCAGCUGCAGCGGGCAAUGAGUAUCUACGAUAUGAUGGUCUCAGAAGGAGUUAUGCGGAACACAGUCACGUACAACUCGAUUAUCGACGCUUGUGCACGAGUGGGCGAUAUGAAGGCAGCUGCCGCACUGCUGGAGGAAAUGAUGAUGAACCAGGUAGAACCAGACCUAAUCACUUUCUCGACCAUCAUCAAAGGAUAUUGUGUCCAGUGCAAUAUGGACCAGUCGUUCCAAUUACUGAGUAUAAUGUAUGAGCGUGGAAUCAAACCCGAUGGGAUUUUGUACAACAGUCUACUAGAAGGUUGCGUAAAAAGCGGACGCCUAUGGCUCUGUGAGAAGUUAUGGGAGCAGAUGCGCAUACACGGCAUCGCGCCUUCUAAUUUCACACUAACAAUCUUGAUCAAAAUGUACGGUCGCAGUGGUCAGCUGGACAAGGUAUUUGACCUAGUGGAGCGCCUGCCCGCGGAGUACGGGUUCACUAUUAACGCACAUGUAUACACGUGCUUAAUGAGUGCAUGUAUAACCAACGGGAGGUACAAUACUGCAUUGGAUAUCUACCGAUGCGUCAAGGACGGUAGCGUCAAACCAGACGCUAAGACCUAUGAAACAUUGCUACAGGGAGUAACACGAGGCAACCUAUUUGCCGAAGCCGUUGACCUAUUGCGUGAUAUGUACAAUUUAGACGGCAACCACACAGAUCAAGCGGAUGCAGUAACAAUACAGAAAAUAAACCCCCGUGUCUUGGAAAAUCUAUUUAACAAGGUGCAGAAUGCGCGCCUGGACCCAGAAGUAAUGGAAACUUAUCGCUCUCUCGGCCAACGUUUGCAGUUGCUAGGUGUCAAUGUGCACGUGCCGUUCUAAUGCAGGUAACCAAAUGAUUAAUUAUUGCUGUGUUUUUAUAUUGUGUGGGU